GUGGAGGUGCACAGUGUGACAGUGCAGUGCACUGUGAUGUCUCGCUUCGCCCACACCGUCAUGACCUCAGUGGCUUUAAACAAAGCCAACUCAUCCCAGGAAAUCUUUUAUGAAGUGGAGAUGCCCAAGACAGCUUUCAUCACUAACUUCAGCAUGGAAAUAGAAGGUAAAGAGUAUAUUGGUGAGGUGAAGGAGAAAGAGAAAGCUAAAAAACAGUACGAGAAGGCUAUUUCCUCAGGGCAGACGGCUGGAUUGGUCCAAGCUUCUGGAAGAAAGAUGGAGAAGUUUUCUGUGUCUGUUAACAUCGCAGCUGAAAGUAACGUGACUUUUAUUCUGACCUACGAGGAGCUCCUUCAGAGGAAACUGGGCCGUUAUGAGAUUUUUACACGAAUCAAACCUAAAACAGUGGUUCAGCAGUUUCAGAUUCUGGCAAAUAUCUACGAGCCUCAGGGCCUCUCUUACGUUGAUGCCCAUGCUACUUUCCUCUCCAAUGAACUGCUUCCCCUGGUGGAGAAAACCAUCACAGACACAAAGGGUUUCUAUGAGGAAGUGGCCAACCCUCUGCUCCUGGAGGUGGACCUGCAGUAUCCAGACAAUACCGUGGAGUCUGUGACCACCAAUCACUUCAGUCAGUUGUUCAAUGGCUCAGAGAUUGUGGUGGCUGGUCGGCUGAUUGACAACGACCUGGAUAACUUCCUGGUGGAAGUGCUUGGCCAGGGGUUUGAAGAGGACUUCAGGGAGCAGGGUCAGGCCGCGGUUGUUGAUUGGGGUGUGUUGUACCCAGAUGAGAGUUACAUCUUUGGAGAUUUCACUGAACGUCUGUGGGCCUACCUCACCAUUCAACAGUUACUGGAGAAGAGUAAGAGUGGUGGAUCAGAUGAGAAAGUCAAUGCCACAGCAAAGGCCCUGGAAAUGUCUCUGCAGUACAGCUUUGUUACCCCCCUCACCUCUAUGGUGGUCACCAAGCCUGAAACCGAGGACGGAACAGAGAGCCCCCUCAUCGCUGACAAACUCACUGAGGAACAAAGACAGCAAGCAGAAAAAUAUAAACCAGUGGCUAGAUACAUGGGGUCAUCAUAUCAAAACCUACCUACAAUGCACUAUGCAAGGACUCCGUCCUAUUAUGUGGAUGGAGAUCCCCAUUUUAUGAUUGAGCUUCCUGAGAAAGACGAUGCUCUGUGCUUCAACAUCAAUGACCAGCCAGGAACCAUCUUCAACCUGGUCAGAGACCCAGAAUCAGGUAUUCUGGUCAAUGGAGAGGUCGUUGGAGACAAGAUGAUUCCCCCUGAUGGGAAAAUCAGCACCUAUUUUUGGAAAUUUGGCAUCGUUCACCAGACUUUAGGGGUGAAGCUGGAAGUGACCACUCAGGACAUUUCAGUAUAUCAGGACAGCAAUAAGGUUGAGCUGCUGUGGACCGACACCGCUUCUCUUAAAGGACUCAAUAUGGACCUCCUGGUGACCAAGGAUCGUAGUCUAACAGUAACUCUGAAGGACUCGGUCAAGUUCGUUAUUUUGUUGCACAAAGUUUGGAAGAAGCACCCAUACCACCGGGACUACCUGGGCUUCUACACCCUGGACACUCAUCUCCUGUCCCCUGAAGUUCAUGGUCUGCUAGGUCAGUUUUAUCAUGGGAUUGAUUAUGAGGUGACAGAACUGCGACUGGGAGAGACCCCAGAGAAACCAGACGCCACCAUGUAUGUAAAAGGGCACGAGCUCAAUGUGACCAGGGGCUGGCAGAGAGACUUCAGGGAGGAUGUGAAGAACGGUGAAAACGUUCCCUGCUGGUUCAUUCACAACAACGGAUACGGCCUCGUUGACGGAGAUGCAAGAGACUACAUCGUGACAAGCCUUUUUACAACAGUUUAAAAACAAGCUGUGCAUCCAUUUUGAAAUGAUCCAACUCAUAUUGUUACAAAUUUAAAGGCACUUUCAACCACAAAUACGUACUGCAAUACUCAUCCAGCCAAAGAAAAGAAGGCUUUGAUUAUAGUACUGGGAUAAUAUGAGUGAUUUAU